AUUGCUUUUUGUUUGUUUUACUAAAUUGCUAGGCACUUGGAGGUGUCCCAGGAAGUCAGCCAUUACUCCCCAGUGGAAUGGACCCAACUCGACAACAAGGACAUCCAAACAUGGGUGGGCCAAUGCAGAGAAUGACUCCUCCAAGAGGAAUGGUGCCCUUAGGACCACAGUCUGACCCUUGGUUAUCAUUACAGAACUAUGGAGGUGCAAUGAGACCCCCACUGAAUGCUUUAGGUGGCCCUGGAAUGCCUGGAAUGAACAUGGGUCCAGGUGGUGGUAGACCUUGGCCAAACCCCACAAAUGCCAAUUCAAUACCAUACUCCUCAGCAUCUCCUGGGAAUUAUGUAGGUCCUCCAGGAGGUGGAGGGCCACCAGGAACACCCAUCAUGCCUAGUCCAGCAGAUUCAACCAACUCUGGAGAUAACAUGUAUACUUUAAUGAAUGCAGUACCUCCUGGACCUAACAGACCUAAUUUUCCAAUGGGCCCUGGGUCAGAUGGUCCCAUGGGUGGAUUAGGAGGAAUGGAGUCACAUCACAUGAAUGGCUCUUUAGGCUCAGGAGAUAUGGACAGUAUUUCCAAGAAUUCUCCCAAUAAUAUGAGCCUCAGUAAUCAACCGGGCACUCCAAGGGAUGAUGGUGAAAUGGGGGGAAAUUUCUUAAAUCCUUUUCAGAGUGAGAGUUACUCCCCUAGCAUGACAAUGAGUGUGUGAUCCAUUACCAAGUCUCAUGAAAACCACAGUGAGUCAGCCCUUCACAGAACUACUACGGAAGAAAAUUAUUCAUCACAGUGUACAGUUAAACAAAGGAAUCUCAGUCACACCAAACCAACCUUUUUAUUUCCUGCUCUCUCCCCUACUUUGUGAAGAAAGCGGGUCCAAACGUGAUUCAAGCAACUGUACGGAGCGGCAUUUUAGAAUUGCCCUAAACUGAACUGCAAAUAAUUAUCUGUGUAUGUAUAUGUGUGGGAAAGAGAAUGUAUUGUAUAUGUGUAUACUAUAUGGACAUAUACACAUACAUACACUGACCCACAGGACAUUGUAAAAUAUUAUCACAUGACAUCUUAAGUAGAAAUAAGUAGGGACUUUUAUUCCAUCCUUUUUUUCACGUUUACAUUUUAAUUAUUAAAAGUUGCUCCUGUCCCCUUCCUGAACUAUUUUGUGCUGUGUAUAUCACUGCUUUAUAUAAGUUAUUUUUUAAGGUGAACUCAGAUGUUAUGGUUUUGUAAAUGUCUGCAAUCAUGGAUAGGAAUAAAAUUGCUUAUUUGAGAGCUUUCAUUAAAUUGCGUCUGAUGCAAGUUAUCCUGUGAAUCACAAAGUGUACUCUCUCAAAAACGGAAGAAAGUGUGUCAUCUUUGUGUCAAAUCAAACAAUUUCUCAGUUACCUUCAGUGAAAAGUAAUUUUGUACUUUUUAUUUGAGAAAAACACUUCAAAUCAACAAAAGCUCAUCUGGGGCCUCACACUAUAUUUCUGCAAUAACUGCAACAAGUGGAGUUCUUGAUUUGUUUGUCUUAGAUGAUACAGGAAUCAUUAAUUAGUCCAAAUUACUUAGACCAUAGCAAUAAAGUGACAGGGACUGUCAUAAUUUUAGCAACAUGUUUUAUCUUUAACAAGAUAAAGCCCAGAGUGAUAACAAAACCAUUUGCUUGAAUUUUUUACUUUUCAACAGGAGUAUUAGAAGUAAAUUUUUAAUAACCUGCCAAUGUGAAAUGGUAUCUGAUUUUUAUUCAGACUUUUUGUGAACAUAUCCACAUGGACAGUGCAAGCAGAUACAUUGAAAUGAUUGAGACUUUCAGCACAAGGAAGGGAGAAAAGAGUUAUAGCCACACAUCUGAGGGCCUCUGGAGUGCUGCUUUUCUGUUCAGGUAUCUUGCUUGCCAGCACCACAAUUGUCUGGUAUCAGUCACUUCUGUGCAUACCUAUUCACUGGCAGUAGAGUACCUGUUCUGUAUCUGGGAUGUAGGGAUUUUAUUCAGAAACAAAUUUUCCAUAGUAACUUUGCUUCAUGUGGCCAUUGACUUUAGCAGGUUAAAUCUAAUUGUGUAACUGACUGUUCAGGAAAUACUAAGGAAAUGUUUUUUUAAAAAAAGAAAAUUCACUUUCCUUAUGAAAAGCACCUAGCUCUGUGGCACUUUCUGGAUCUUUUGGGGUUUUGUGUUUAGUUAUAUACAUAUAUACACCAAAAUCAUAACAAAAAAGUAUGAAGACUUUAAUUUUAAACUCUUAAAAGAUAACAUGGUGAUUCUUUGUGUUAAAAUUGUGAUACAGAUAACAAUUGAUAGACAUCAACUCAAACUCUAGAGAAUUUGAAAAGCAUUGUUUAAUCUCAGGUAAGAAGAAUCUUCUCUUUCCUUUAGGUUUAUGACCUCUAAAGUGAAAAUUUGGCAGUAUAUUUGCUAGUUCCUGGUCCCAGAUGACUUAUUUCUCUCAAAUCUAUAAUGAUUUAUUCCUUCUGAAAAUAAAGAUUUUGCCUGUGUACAAAAGGGAUGCUAGGCAGAACUGUUGAGCAGGAAAAAAGAAGAUGAAUUAAACUUACGUUGCAAAUUUAAACUAUAAAGAAACUAGUCACAGUUAAUCACACACAGUGUUCAGGAACCUAGGACUGUACACUUGAAAGCAGCCUCACACACUCAAGCUGCAGAGACCUUUCAUGAUAAAUUCAGACCAAAAGGUCUUUACCUCAGGCCAAGGUAACCUGAAGAUGAUACUUUGUACAGAUACCUGAAUUUACCAAGAAUAGUUUUAACUUUCACUUUGUAUGACAAUUGUACAAAAAUUGACAGUCCUUUGAUUAUUAAGCUUAAUCUUAUAAUGCUAGAAUUUUUAAAUAUUAUGUUGACUCUUUUCUCCAUUGUUACUAAUCUUGAAUUUCUUUUAUUUGCCUUCUGAGAAGGUAUUGUUUCUUAUCAUAAAGAAUCAUGAGCCUGAUUUUAUUUGCCCUUAUUUUGGGGUAAUAUUAGAAUAUGAAUGACAUCAUAGGUCCCAUUAUUUCUAACCUAUUUGGUCAUCAAUUCUUUUUUCAAGAUAUAGCAAUCAAUUUAUCAUAAGUUUUGUUGGGUUUUUUUUUUUUUUUUUUCCUUUCUUGGAACCCAGAUUUUAAAAAGCUAUUUCAGAUUUUAAAAUUUCCUGAAAUAGUUGAAAAAUUAUUUUUGAGGAGAAAAUUAUAUUCAAGAACACCGGAAUAUAAGGAUACUUUAUUAGUAAUUUUCUCAUACACUGAAUGGAGGAUAGUAUAUCUAUAUACUAAUUUUUGUUUAGGUUUUACAUCAUUUAAGCCUUAUCCUUUUUUUUUUGUAAUAAAACCACUUAAUCUUUUUUUCCUCAUGUUUUCCAUCUCCAUCAGUGCAUUUGUGUUGGUCUUGAUAUAUACUGUCUGUUCUAGGAUUAUUUUUACAUAUUUCACCUCACAGUAAUAAUAUCGGUAAUUCUUGCCUACAUUAAACAUAUGAAGUAUACAUGUAAAUGCAAAAAUAAGUAGUAUGUGAAAACAUUAAUUCUUGUUACUCUGUUUUGCAUUCUACCUAAUUCACUACAAUUGAAAAUACAUGUCAAAUUCUUUCUAAGGUAUGUGUGAUUCUUAACCAGCUGUCUUUCUUACAGUAAUGUUGCCCAUGGGAAUAAAGACUUUGGGGUACCGUUGAUCUGGUAACAUGCCACAUGUUUGAUGGGUGACUCUUAACACUCUUUUCAAAAUGUUCUGGUUUGCACUCAGUUGCUUGUGAAUAGGAAUUUUACAGCUAGGAAUCUGAGGUUAAGAUUUCUCUAUUGCCAAAAGGUUAACCAAUCAAUUCUGCUCCCCCAGCCAUGGAAAGUGCCCAACACACCCCUUUUCCCUCCAGGGAUAAAAUAGUGAAAACUUCUUCCAUUUCUGCUUUUUAUGACUCUAAGAUAAUUGAACUCCAUUGCAUUUCAUAGGGCCAUUCAUUUAACACUCUUUUUGUAGUUCUAAAAGACAGCAAAUGAAAAUAAGUUCAGUUUGGGACAUGAGGAAGACCCACAUCUGCCUACACUUUUUCUUCAUUGCAUCAUUCUGGAAAUGUGCAGAAAAGCAUUCAGAAUUGGUCCCUUGGCAGGAGACAUUCUCCACUAUCCUUAAUGUUGUGAAGUCCUGUUUAGUCUUCCACGGCUUUCUUAUGCCCCUCCCACUUCCUGCUCCCUCCAAUAGAAAUAAGAUACAGACUGUACAUUUUUACCUUCUCAGUCCUUGUGAUUUUCAUCUUCAUAUAGUAUAUAGUACUGAUCGUUUUCCCAGGGGAAAUAAUUGCAAUUUUCAUUUCUCGAUUAUCACUGUUAAUUAGAAGCAGUGCCAUUAUUAUAGCUACUUGACUUUGGAAAGCAUUAUAGUUUUUUGACACUGGUUUGCUCUUUUUUGUUUUAUGUUCUAUAAUUCUCUUUCCAUGAAAACACUAAUUGAUACAAGUAGCCCAUGAGUGUGUGGUGUGGACGGGAGAAGGCCAAUAUGGGGGGUGGGAAGUUGCCACAUAUCUCCAGAAAGUAGAUUAAUCUUUUGUUUAUGUUUUCCCCUCUUGGUGGAAUAAGUUUCUUAUUUGCCAGGAGGAGCAGGAGUCUGCAUUUGCUUAAAGCAGUGAUACCCAAUUUUAAGCAUGUCUACGAGUCUCCCUGGGUCUGUGAACCAUACCUAGAGAAAUACUGAAAAACUACAAGAAUGGUGAGCCACUAUUAAAAACACUUCCAUUUUGCAUACUAAACGUGUGUGUGCCUGUGUGCAUGUGUUGGGGAUGGUAUUAUGAAGUUUGCUCAAAAAACACUCCCACUAUGAUUCAUGUUAAAGCACAAUUGACAACUAUUAAACAAAAUUCUUUCCUUUGACUGCUUUUCAUUUCAUUGGUAAAAUAGGUGAUUAAAGUGAUUUGAGAUGGAAAGAUAGUAAUACAACACAUAAGCACGUAGAGUCUCCUUUGCCCAGAUUAAACAUACCCAUGUUAGCUUGUCCACAUUAAACCUUCUUAUGAAAGCAAUGUAUCUAAAGAUAAGUGUGUAAAUUAUCAUUUAAUCCUUGGUCACUUCACUGAUAUUGUCAAGAAUCAUGCAAUAAUUAUAGUUUUUUGAUGCAGAAAUCUGUUAAAAGGGAAUUGAAUUGGCAUUAUUUAUUUCACCAAAAGCAUUAACUUUACCCAUGCACUAUAAUUCAGAUUGAAAUGGAUGACCUACAGAUGAAAAACACACCUGAGACCUCUUUAAUUACUUUUCUAAACUAUAUUCUAAAGAGAAAUCCUUACCUGAAUAAGUCUCCCAAGGAGAAUUUCCUCCAUUAAGUUCUCCCUGUUAACUUAGUAUAAUUAGUUUUCCUGAAUAGAAUAAGAAUUUCUGUAAGAAGUUUAAAUGUGAAUAUUUUUACUGUCUACUUCUUCAAAAAUGAAAUACAGUACUAUAAAUAGAAAUUUUAAAGUUGGACUAGGUGUUUUCAUGGAUACGAGUACAGUUUGUCUCUUCCUUCUUUUCAGAUUUACUGGCUAUUAUCAGGAUCAAUUUUAGACUUGGUUUGAUCAUUCCAGUCAUUGUAAUGUUAUGAUCUGUUCCUAAAAUAUUUACUUAGAAUUUUAUUUUUAAAGUGAGAUGUGCCAUUAACAUGACAGAUGCAAACAUUAAUAUCUCUAGAAAAAAUGAUAUAAAGGAUUUGUUCCCAGUUAACAUUAAAACUUUAUCUCACUUUCUUUUUUGCACCAAAUGGCCUCAGUACAUUGCCAAGAGAGUAAAAUUUGGAUUCCUCAUAUUAUUCUCAAAACACAGUACAAUAUGUUGUCAGCUAAAUUUCUAUCAUGUCCUGGUAAAAUUGCUCAGUUAAAUGUAAUUAACCAUCUAUUUAUUAGAAAACAACAAUCCAAAUAAUCUAUCCAGUUUACAAAAUUUGACACCAAAUCUACUUUAAACUUAGAAAUACCUUAGAAAUUUUUUAAUAUAAACUGAUCAAAAUGUGUGUAUGGCUUUCUAUCAGAUCAUAUUUCAAAAUGUUAUACUUUCUUGCAUUAAGACAAUUAAAAACAACACAAACUACAUGUUAGAUGAAUAAUUUAAAGGACAUGCUGUUUCAAACGUGGAAAAUGGAAAAAUCUUUAUAAAUAGAAUACUCAUGAUAGCCAUCAGCUUACUGAAUUGCUUAAUUUAUAUAAUUGUGAUUUUAAGAAUUUAAAAUGUUUUCUUACUACGUAUGUUAAAUUGUUACCUAUAAUGUCUUCCUGGAAAAAUAGAAUUAUUUGUAAGGUUUUUAUAAAUGCACAAUUUAUGUAUAAUUAUAAUUGGAAUCUGGGGUGACUUAGUAAUCCACUAUUCUUAAUUCAAUGAUGGCCACCAGCUACCUGACACAUUUUGUAAAUUUAACAUCUGUGUGUUUGUGCAUGUGUGUGUGCAUGUGUGCACACGUGCACAUGUGCACAUUAUUGCAUUUAUUCUCAAAUGGAUUUAUCACUUAAUGUUUUUGUACAAGUACUUAAGCUAUUCAUGUAAUGGGAAAAGUUGCCAUAAGAUGUACAUAAAUGCCCCUUAAUUUGGUAUGUUUUCACAGUUGAAAAUACAGUUUUCAUUAACAGUU